GUGCGCACCCUGACUGGCAAGGAGAUUGAGCUCGACAUCGAGCCCGACUACAAAGAGCGUGUCGAAGAGAAGGAGGGCAUCNCCCCAGCACAACAGCGUCUCAUCUUUGGCGGAAAGCAAAUGUACGUGCAAGACCGAUCUAGGAAAUGGAUGCAAGAGGUAGUGGACACACGACUGACGAUAUGGGACGUCCAGGNNAACGACGACAAGACCGCUAGCGAAUACCAGCUCGAGGGCGGUGCCACUCUCCAUCUGGUCCUCGCUCUCCGUGGUGGACGA